UAAAUUGUGUUUGGGUUAUCCACUCACCAUUAGGUACUCGUGUAGCGGUGAAUAUAACAGAUAUAGAUUUAGAGGUACAUGGUAUCUGUAGAUAUGAUGCUGUCUCUUUCUUUGAUGGUGUAGACACUGGACGCCGUAACCUAGGUAAUUAUUGUGGUCGUACUAGAAAUACUGCUCUGAUAACAGCCACCACCAACAGAUUGGCCAUUAGAUUUAAAACAGAUGUAUCAGUCAAUAAAGCAGGAUUCUCUCUUAAUUAUAUGACAGCUUGUGGUGGAUCUAUAGAGGGUCAAUUAACAGGUGUAAUCAAAUCACCUGGUUACCCUGGUAACUAUCCAGCCAAUCAGAACUGUAGCUGGACUAUUAAAAUGGUGAACGGUCGAACAGUCAGGGCCAGGUUUAACGGAACAUUCAACCUUCCCGGAAAUGAUUACGUCCUAUUGUUGAAUGGAGGAAACUCGGCAUCACCUCCCCUUGGCAACGGCACAGACAAAAGUGGAAAUGGUCGUUACUAUGGCAACAGUUUACCGAGUGCACUAGAGACAAGCAGCAAUCUGUUAUAUGUUAAUUUUAUAUCCGACGCAUCUACCAGCGGAAGCGGGUUCUCGAUGAUCUACAGCAAAGUUAAAGUGACAUGUGGAGGCCGGUUAACUUUAACGAACUCGGUGACUAGCGGCUACUUCAUGUCGCCUAACUAUCCAAAAAACUACCCACAUAAUGUGGAUUGUAUCAAUUUAAUAAUGGCACCAGGUGGAGAAAGUGUGCAGGUGGAUUUCGAGGGACCAUUUAGUAUUGAAUUUCAUAUCAGGUAUUAUUAUUUUUAUUCAUAUUUUUGCAGGUGCACCUUUCAAUCAUUUCUAUCAGUCUGGAAUGAGUGGCAGCAAGAUUGACUUGUUGAAGAUUUACCCGUCCCGUCAGUCUCUUUAUCUCAUAAUACUCCGCCUGGCAUAUGCCCAUCCUGUCAGUUUGGUAGCUGAAGGCUUACCACGUUGGAUCAUGGUUUGUCAUUGAGUUAAGUGGUGUAUGUUUCAUUGCCGGGUUAUCUCCGGGAUCUCUGGUUUCCUCCCACUGCUAAAGACCCCUACGCUAAGACGAACUAUUGGAAUAAAAUUGAGUUGUAUAUUUGUCCCGAAAUGAACUAGUUUGUGGAUGUUAAAUUAAUGGUUGUAUUUCAUUAAGGUAUCGUCUCCUCUUUUUAAUAUUUUGUAGGUGUCCAUAUAACUAUAUUGAAUUCCGCGACGGAGGUACAGAAAACUCUGCUCUUGUCAACAACCGGAGAUAUUGUGGUAGUACAGC